AUAAUGCUUGUUGACAGCGUAAAGUUAAGCUGAAAAUGGAGGAAGAUAGAAGAUCGAACGAGGAGAGACGGUCAAGAUCUGCUUUUCGACCUGGUUAGCAUUUUACUUAAAUUAUUUAAAUAGGCUCCAUAGGCCUAUCGAUUCUUUAUUUUCUCUUGUAUUAACUGAUGGGAAAAAACUCACACAAGAUUUACGACUUAAUAAGUUUUUAUGUUAUUCCUUGCGGUUUCUCUCCUCUCUUUCUCUUCUUCUCUGACAAAUUAUCGAAGAAGUAUAAAGCGGAAGGAGGAGACCGAGAAGUAUCUAUAAAAAUGAACUAUUAUUUAAGCUAUAUUAGAAAAUGAAAACGGGUAAUUAAACGUUUUGACCUACUUAUCAUGAACGGGAUGACAAACAGUUUGCAAACGAAAUAUUAGAUAUUGACAGUAAUCUUUCGCAUAGAGUGUAUACUAUAUACUUUAUAUAUAUAUAUAUAUAUAUAUAUAUUAUACAGUACAUAAUGUCUUUAUAUAUAACACUAACUGUAAUAUCCUUUUUAAAAAAAACACUUUGGGAACCAUAUUUCUUAAUUUAGACAAUAAAAAAAAAACUUUUAGAAUGCCAAUAGGCCUAUCCAGCGAGCCAUACUAUAAUCUCUAAUAUAAUAGCAUAUUUUCUCCUUAUUAAUAGAAUGAUAUCCCAAGGUGAUUUUGCAGGAAAACUACUUUUGUUUCUAGGCUCUUUUUUUAAGAUUUUUCGUUAGUUUUAAUGAAAAAGGAGUAUAUGAAAAAAUGAAUAAGAAUGGGAAUUGAGAGCGGGCGAGUGAGGGAAUGAGUAAGUGAGUGAGUGAGCGAACGAGUGUGAGAGAAUGAAAAUAAGAGAAAGAAAGGAAGCUAGAAGAAGACGAAGUAGGAGUGUGUGAAAAUUAAAGGAGGGAGUGAGGAGAGUUAAAAGCCAAAGCCAUAAAACAUAUUGAUUAAAGGGAAAAACAAACAGAAGCAAAGCGGGGAACAUUCAAUUGUUAUUGAGUAACGAAGGAGAAUAAUCACAAAAGAUUAAGGGAAUUAAUUUUUACAGUAGUUUUCUUUUUUCAUCUACUUCCGUCUAAAAUUUCAAUAUCAAUGCUUUUCUACUUUAUAAUUAAAUCUUUCCUUUUCCAGUUGAAAGAGAAAUGACUCGGAGAACUCGUUCGUUCAGCGCAGAUAGGCCUCAUUACGCCUAUCCCACUUGUAGUUUCUUGAUGAAGUGCAACCAAACCGACGAACGUUUCGUCUGUUGCCAAGCUCACGCCAAGUUGGUCGAAGAUAGAGAAUCAGUUAAGAGUCAGCCUAGUAAACCUUGGUCGGAAGUUAGCCAAAUUGUCGAUAGACUAUCAACUCCCAGAUCGGUUCCAAAUAAGGAUGUUCUAAACGUUAACUCCCCAAGCAAAUCCAUGUCUCUGCCUAGAGUCAAGCAAUUUGGAUUUACAAGGAAAUUAUCGAGUUGUAGUAUAGACAGUGGAAAUGCUGUAACAACACCUUCUAUUAAAUCUGAUUCGUCUGUUGAUUCCCGAAAUAAGAUAGUCGAAAAGAAAAAGAUUCAAUCUUCCGGAUUAAAUAGUAGUGAGGACGCCGAAAUUGAAGAUAAUUCGGAUGUCUCAGAGUCCCAUAAAUCAGCUAUAGCCAAGUUAAAUGAGAAAAGGAGGUUACAGGGUAAAGAGCCCUUAUUUGAAAAGAAGAUUGAGGCUGAAGAAGUAAAGCAGGAUAAUAGUGAUAAGCUGCCUUUGACAAAAUCGGCCAGAGCUGCUGAAUUCAAGGCCAAACUUGCUGAGAAGCGAAGAUUACAAGGCAAAGAACCCCUUGACAAGGAUGAAAACAUUAGCUCAAUUAAGAGUGAAGAGGUAGAAUCUGUCGAGACAAAGGAAGAAAGGAAAGCAAAGAAAGAGGAAGAGGAAAAACGGAAAGAAGAAGAAAGACUAAAAUUAGAAGAAGAACGAAGGGCUAAGGCGGAAGCCGAUAGAAAAUUGAAAGAAGAAAUCGAAAGGAAAAUGAAGGAAGAGGCUGAACGUAAAGAGAAAGAACGAUUAGAGAGAUUAGCACGCGAACAGGAAGAGAAGGAGGAAAGGAAAAGACGUUUAGAGAUGAUAAUGAAAAAGAUUAAACCAGAAAAACGUCCCGAAACUAAUGAUUCUCCAAAAGCAAACAACAAAGACGACUCCUCUAUUAGUGAACAGACUGAGACCACCAACGGCGAUGAACAAAAGAUUAAUACACCUCCAUACAAAGAUUUAUUGGAAGAGUCCAAGACCGAAGACAACCAAGAAGGAACAGAAAUGUCAAUUUAUCAACAAGAUUCCCUCGACGAAACCAAUUCCAAUAGAAACGAAAAUAUUCAACAGACAACGAACGGAGUUCUUAAGGGACAAACUUCUGUUUACACCAUUUCUAACGAAUUAAAUGGCGAAAAUAUGUCAAACAACCAAGUUAAUAAGGAAAACAUCGAACAAACUACCGACGUAAACGCGAACAAAGACGGCGACAGACAGACGUCAAUUUAUCGUGAAUCCCUAGACGGUCCUGUCGACGACGAUGUCAACGCCAAUCAAUUAGUUCAAACUUAA